AUAAGUUAAAAACCUAACGUAAACCUCUUUCGACGCUCCAAGGAGCCGCCGUCAUUCGGAGAACUAGUUGCAGAGGGUUUUCUAGUUAAAAAUUACAGAUCCACUGAACUGACUGCAAGCAUCCAAACUAGCACAUUUUUUAGAGCAAAAUGCCGACGGAUCAUGAAAAUGCAAGACCAGUUGUGGAAAAAUUUAGAUGCAAUCUGAGAGCCAUGCGCAACAGGAUCAAGGAUCGAGUCCGCGUGGCGUCGUGGUCUUAUGGAUCCUUCAGGCAGGGUCACAUGCCGUCGUUAAACGGUGCUACAGCGCUGAGGGCUACGGCCACCGGGCUGGUGGCCGCCAGGGUUUUUAAAGGAAAUGUUAUUUUCUCCCGUCUGGUGCACGGCAGGGCGAAGCAGGAAUUGGCGACUAAAAUGGCUAAAUAUAUGGAUUAUUUUCCCAAUUUCAAAAGCCUCAUUCCAAACACUUUGGCUGUUUCUGAUGCCGCUGGCGAGUCCAAUGCACCCGUGACCGUGCGCAUACAUGACCGUGUCCUAAAACACGCUGCGAAGGAAUCGAAUGCAAAUCAGGAGCCAGUUAAUGUUGAAGAAUCUGGCAUGGUCCGCAUGCUCCAAGCAGUUGCUGUUCCACUGUUAGGAAAUGUAUGCCAUGCAUUUAUGCAUGGUCUUAACUACACAGAGGUUUAUGGUGCAGAAAAACUUCAGGAGGCAAUCAAGUAUCGACCUAAGGGACAACCACUUAUUACGGUCAGUAAUCAUGUGGCUUCUGUGGAUGAUCCUUUUGUUAUAUCAUCUGUUCUCCCACCACAAUUGUUGUUAGAUGCUAAAAGCUUAAGGUGGACGCUCUGUGCAACUGAUAGGUGUUUCACCAAUCCAGUGACAUCUGCUUUUUUUCGUAGCGUUAAAGUUUUACCUGUUGCUCGAGGAGAUGGCAUUUAUCAAAAGGGAAUGAACAUGGCACUAUCAAAGCUGAAUCAAGGAGACUGGGUGCAUAUUUUUCCGGAGGGUAGUCGUUCUCGUGAUGGAGGCAAGACAGUCGGUCCUGCCAAGAGAGGCGUUGGCAGGUUGGUGCUUGAUGCUGAGAAGAUGCCUUUGGUGGUUCCAUUUGUUCACACUGGCAUGCAAGAGAUAAUGCCUAUAGGAAGCCAGUUUCCACAUGUGAGGAAAAAGGUUACAGUACUUAUAGGUGAUCCAAUCAGAGUUGAUGACCUGUUUAUGGCAGGUAAGGAACAAGGUUUAUCAAAAAUGGAGAUUUACGAUGCUAUAUCACAGCGUGUUGGGGAAGGGCUGCAGGAAUUGAAAAAUGAAUUAGAUGAACUGGUGUAUCAGAAUUCCUUGGAAAUUAGCAAUUCACACUAUUUAUCAACAAUGGAGAAAGUCAAUGGCGCUUUCCAGUUUGAUGAGUGGGAAACGCAUGAUUUUUCCAGUUGUGAAAAAGUGAUAGAGAAUGGAGAUGUUGUACAUCUGUAUCUGGUUAGGUCAAAAUCUGAAAGCCAUGCUUUGUCCCAAAAAAAUUUGAAAACUAAUGACACACAUAAUCAAGUGAAUGGUAUCCAAAAGAAUCAAAACUUUCUUCGCGAAGGUGAUAUACUUGCAGAAAAUGUUGGGUUUCAAGGUGGAAUUGUUUCUAGAGUGAAAGAAUUCAUGGACCCAAGUGAAUUGAUGGGGUUUGCUGCUAGAGGAAUGCUCAUGAAUGCUAAAAGAAGGCUAGGGCAAUCACUAGCCUCUCAUGAUUGGAAACAAGCUAUAGUAAUGAAUUUGGUCUAAUGGCAUUGAUUUAAAGGAUCAUCCAGAAUUGCUUAAUUAGAAAAUUUUAAAUUGGCUCUGGAAAUCUGAAGUUUUGACUUUGCUCAUGUUCUGUGGCUAUUGAACCCGAGUAUCUGAGCAGUGAGUUUGGUAAUGGAAGAUUCUUGCUUUCGUUAUUGUAUUUCCAUUUUUGAUCUGGUGGCAAGGAUGUUCUCUUGUAGAGUCGAGGCUCGUUAAGGUUGAAAUUACAUCAGGUUUUACUAUUAUGGAUCCAUUAUUAGUGUUAACAAGUGGAUUUUCAAGACUGUCCUCACAUACAACCAAACAUGUUGGAACAAAGCAGUUAUAGGCGAGCAGGUAGAAGCUUGUGGGUGUACAGACUGAAGAUAUUUGGUUGUCAUUACAGAGAAUCAGUAACUUCAAAUUCACAGAUAAACUCAAAUGUUCUGAUGACCUUAUCCAAGAGAAUAUGUUUAUGAACAAGCUGAUGAGACUUUCUGAAAACAUACUGGAAACAUUGUUUUCUCUUGUAUGAUAUUCGAUGGCACCUGUAGCUGUCAGGUGCUUCUACAGGAUGGUUGUAAGCUAUGAGGUUUCAUUCUGUAAAGUGUCAUUCUUCUGGUUGCU